AAGUUAGGUUGCGUAGCGUGGUGGGUAGGCGCGGGCGCGCGGGCGGGUCCAGCGCGUCGCUUGUCGUCGGCUUUGCGGAGGGGUGUUGAGGAAGCCCUCUGUGUUCGUUCGGCCGGUCAUGGCGCUGCCCGUGGACGACGAGGACGACGACGACGUGCCCCUGAUCCUGACGGAAGACAACAACGCGGUGGGGACAGGGACCGGCGCCCACCCGGACAGAGCCGAAAUCCCCAACGAAAAUGGAGGAGGAUAUGACAUUAUUAACAAUGAAGUGGUUGGAACAUCAGGUAUUCGGGACUACAGAGCAAGCUAUGGUUCUCUGAAGCAGGCUUGGGAGAUGAACUAUCAGGAAGCAGCAAUUUAUUUACAGGAAGGAGAGAAUAAUGACAAGUUUAUCACUCAUCCAAAAAAUCAGAAGGCCCUUGCGGCGUACCUCUUUGUCCACAACCACGUAUUCUACGUGAUGGAGCUGAUAUCUGCACUGCUGCUGUUGAUUCUCUCACUGUGCGAGGCACCAGCCGUUCCCUCACUUAGACUUGACAUUUAUGUGCAUGCCACGCUGGAAUUGUUUGCACUGCUCACAGUAGUGUUUGAAGUUGGUAUGAAAAUGAGGUGGUUGGGCUUUCAUACCUUUAUUAGACACAAAAGAACUAUGCUUAAAAGUGCUGUAUUGUUAGUACAGUUCAUAGAAGUUAUUGUGGUGUUAAUAAGGCAGACUUCACAUGUCCGAGUGACUCGAGCUUUGCGACCCAUCUUCCUGGUAGACUGCAGAUACUGUGGUGCAGUGAGAAGAAAUUUGCGUCAGAUCUUCCAGUCUCUUCCUCCAUUUAUUGACAUUUUGUCUCUCUUGUUGUUCUUCAUGGUAAUUUUUGCCAUUCUCGGCUUUUACUUGUUUUCUUCCAAUCCAUUGGACCCAUAUUUCAGCACUCCAGAAGACAGCCUCAUCAGCUUGUUUGUUCUCUUAACCACAGCUAAUUUUCCAGAUGUGAUGAUGCCUGCUUAUUCCAAAAAUGCUUGGUCCUGUGUUUUCUUCAUUGUGUACCUCUCGAUCGAACUCUAUUUCAUCAUGAAUCUGCUUCUCGCUGUGGUUUUUGAUACAUUCAAUGAUGUUGAGAAGAAGAAAUUCAAAUCACUCCUUUUGCACAAACGAUUAGCAAUAGAACAUGCCUUCCGUCUUCUGGUUAGCAAACAGAAGCCUGAUGGUAUUGUCUUCAAACAAUUUGAGGGCUUAUUGAAGUUCUUCAAACCCAGAAUGAGUGCCAGAGAUAAAUAUCUUACCUUCAGAGCACUCAAGAAAAGCAAUACUGAGUUUCUCGGAAUGGAUGACUUUUACAACUUGUAUGAAGUUACUGGAUUGAAAUGGAAAGCAAAAAGAAGUGGAGACUAUUGGUUUUAUGACCUUCCACACACUCCAUUUCUUAUUUUUAAAGGCAUUAAUAUUCUUGUGAAAUCCAAAGCAUUUCAAUAUGCUAUGUAUAUUGUAAUUGCUGUAAAUGGGAUUUGGAUUCUGGCUCAUACACUCAUGAUCAGCGAUAGUGCCUUCUUCCCUAAGAUUGUGCCCUGGAGCUACAUUGUGUUUCUCUCAAUUUAUGGGGUGGAAAUGUUACUGAAGAUCAGUGGGCUGGGACCAUCUGAAUAUUUCACUUCAGGAUGGAAUUUGUUUGAUUUCCUGGUCACUAUACUCGCGUUUGUUGGAAUAAUCGUAUUAGCUUUCGACAUGGAACCAUUCUACUUUAUUGUUGUUCUGAGACCACUUCAGCUGCUAAGAUUGUUUAAGAUUAAGCGAAGAUACAGAGAUGUUUUGGACACUAUGUUCGAAUUACUCCCCAGAAUGGCCAGUUUGGGUUUAACCCUACUAAUAUUCUAUUACUCGUUUGCAAUUGUGGGAAUGGAGUUCUUUGAUAAUGUCCUGUAUAAAAACUGUUGCAACAACAGCAUGGUGGCAGAUUUCUACCGUUGGGAAAACCGCACUGUUGGUAGCAGGACUGUGAUACAAGGAUACUAUUCACUCAAUAACUUCAACAACAUCCUGAACAGUUUUGUAACUCUGUUUGAGCUGACCGUAGUAAACAAUUGGUAUAUAAUCAUGGAAGGUGUGGUGUCUCAGACAUCAUACUGGAGUCGUUUUUACUUUAUGACCUUCUACAUUGUAACCAUGGUUGUGCUGACAAUUAUUGUCGCCUUCAUUUUGGAUGCAUUUGUGUUCCGCAUGAACUACAGCAGGAAAAAUAAAGACGAGAAAGAUGAUAAUGGAAUUGUAUUUGAGAUGGAAGUGACCAAGGAAGAAAUUGAUAGAAUUCUUGAGUUCAAUAAACAGAACGGCUCCUCAUCAUCUGAUAUAUCCGGGCUUUUUAAACUAUCUUCUCGAAUGACGGGAACUGGCCAAGCUAACAUGGUUUUUAAUGGCCGAAGAUCGAGAACUAAAAGUGACCUGAGUGUCAAAAUGUAUGAAGAAGAGAUUCAGGAGUGGUAUGAAGAACAUGCUCAGUUAAACCACGUGGAGGAUGGUCAGCCGCUGGAAUGUAUCCUGAACUCUGGAAAUCAUCAGCCAUCUGCCGAACCCCGACUGCGGUCUCAGACUGUAACUUAAGGGUUACAACUUGUUCUCUCUAUGCAAUAAUUAUUCAGUGUUACUUUAUAUUGGUGUUUUGCACAUGUGCACUUGGAAACGUUUUCCCCUAUUGGAGAAGCUGCUGUGCGGGUAGUGAGUUAGAGCAAUCUAAACCCUUGGAAGGGCUAGAAUAGUGAGGGACCAUAGUCCUAUAACUGACGAUCAUUAUGUGGUCACUUUUAUCUGCGUUCUGUGGUAUGUUUAAAAAGGAUGGCAUUAUAUUGAUAACCAUUUUAUGUAAGCCAGUAAAGGUAUAAGACUAGUUUCUUUAGGUUUAUUUGGUCUUUUGCUUCAAAGUAACUCUUUCACCUUGAUGGUACCAAAUCUGUUGGUCAUAAAAGUGCACGCUGGAUAGCUAAUCUCCAAAAUUUUGUAUCCAUUCAGCACUUUAUAUAUUUAACAAACUGUUUAUGAAAUGAGUCAGUUAAUUUCUAAUGUUACUGGCUUCCCUUUAUCUUGUACUUGAUCAAAUCAGUUUCCCAUUGUUCCUUUCUGUUUGAUUGUACUCAUUAAGCAUAAAUGAAUAGGGUGAACGGGUUAAUGAAACCACCUCUUAAUCUUGAUAUCUAGUUAUGCCAGAUUAGUGUUGCCACUACAGGUGGGAACUUUAGACCAAAAUGUUCAUUUUUAUUCUCCUCAAUCAUGAACAGUUUUAGUGCAGAAUUUACUUUUUAAUUGUACUGCAGAGAUCUGCUAAGCCAAAACUCUACUUUGGACCCACACAUGUGGAUUAAAUUUACAAUGCUCCUGUUUUACAGCAGACUGAAUUCUGUGGGUUUUGUGUUUUGAGGAGGCGCAAAAGUUUUUAGAUUAGAUACUGGCGUUAUCCUCACAAAUGAAUUUUCAAAAACCAAGAAUAAUGCUUUUCAAAAAAAAAUCUCAGCUUUUCUAUAUAAAUAUAUAAUAUAUAUAAAUAUUUGUUUGCAAGACAAAGCUGAAGGACCUACCAUAAUUGCUGGAUUAAUACUUUUAAUUAAGAGUUUUUAGUUAUUUAAUAAUUUUAAUUAAUGCUUUUGGUAAAGAGAUACUGGAUCUCGGCGAGAGAAAGUGGAACUGUGUGCUUGAUGAGGGUGCAGUGGCAUUUUUCAUAAGAAAUCUGCACCUUUUUUGCACAUUUCAUUCAAUAAAAUUGAAGCCAAAUAGCAGACAUGCUGAGCCAGUAGUAGAUCAGAUCAUGUUGAAAGUUUAUUUUACUUUCCCUUUCCACCCCACUAUCAUAUGUUGAAUUGCUCCCAGUGAGAAUGUGUUCCUGGGAUAGUGACCAUGCUGUGUUUCAAUUGCAGUAGAUGGCCACAUCAGCAUCCCGUUUGCAAAAUCAGGCACUGGAUAGGUAACUGCUGUUAAUCUUCAGAGAGGACAGCAAAGAAAUAAUGCCACCUCAUUUCCUAUGAUGCAGUAAAUGACAAUGUAAACCAGGAAGUAUUUAAUUUAUAUUUUUAGUGCUGAAUACAGAAAUGAAGUCUUAUCCAUUAGUCUUGCCAGCAAGUCCCCAGAAACUUAUCCCUUAGCCCUGUGCUAAGCGGUUCUGUACAUUGACUUGCAGAUUGAUACAGGAACCCCAUCACCAGCGUUAUAGUAAUAAAGCCACUCAAACAUUAGGAUAGCUUUUACUGUGAAAUGAAUCUUCGCCUAAAACAAAAUACCAUUUUAAAAUAAAAACAUUUUCAAGAUUUCCCCAGAAGACCUGAACAGGCAGAAAACUGGAGUAACCAGAAAGGGGUUACGUUAGCAGGUCCUAAAGAACUAACUGAAAGUAGAUCAGGCUUUUACAUGUUCAUGUAACUAUGCAUUUGAGAAUGUUAAUUGAUCAACUAACUACAUUUUACUUGGGAAACUGAGGAGGCACCAGAUAGGAUAGUAAUAUUCAUCAUUUUUAUAGUGUCAAUUAUUAUGCCCCGAACAAGACUAAUGUGUGAGCAACUCUCAACAUUCAGUAAAUCAAUAUAUAAUGUAUAAUUAUAAGACAAUUGGGCCAUUUUCAGCAGACUUUGACCAUUUAUCUGGUUUGACACAUUGAGGUACUUUUUAAAAAAAUUGUAAAUCUGCUUAAAGUGUUCUUCAGGUGUGACAAUAAAACCAAGGGGCCGAAACAGAUCAUUCUUAAAGCAGGUAAAACUGAUUAUUUUUCUAAACCACUAUUCCCUGUCUGUACAUUCUCAAAGAAUUUUAAAUCACUUGUUACAUAGAUAUGAAUCACAAAAUUUGAACCUUAAGAAUUAACAUUCCAUGGAAUGAGUCCAUCAAAUUGUAUUCUUUGAUCUGAAUCUGUAAUGGGAUCUGAGCUCGUCUCAGUUGGAAGAGCAAGUAUUGAUUUGCUGCACUAAGGUAUUUGCAUGAGCUAAUCCAGAUGUUUGUUCAACAGAUUUAGAUAGCACCUGCCAUGUCAGGAGGAUGUCUGGGAAUGUAAGAUGAUGGGAGUAAAACUGAGGAGGGAUGGACUUCACUUUUACAUUUCCUCAGGUUUGAUUCAAACCCAGAGGCAAUUACUGUAAAAAGCCAUAAUAUAAAAUAGCAGCUAAUAAGGGAAUUCCAUGUACCCUCCACCACCUGCCUCAGAAAUAUAUCUGAGCACUGGUGUUAAAGCAAUAUAUGACUACAAGGCAUUGUAUUAUCUGCUCCUGAUGUAACUGGAGUUUUGUGCUAUUUCUCUUAACUGCGCCUUGCAUCCAGCGCUAAAGUAGGUACUGCAACCAAAGUUCCACUGUGUGACAAACUCAAGUACCAGCUAGAGACAAGGUGCAGACACUCCAGUUCUCAUGUACUAGUGAAAAUGCACUAGGAAUAGUUCUACACAAGUAGGAAUUCUGCCCAGUUUGUAGCUACCGUUAUCAAUCGAAUUCUGUUCCUAUUACAUCUCAUUAAUACAAAUAGCACUGUCUUAUCAAACCUUUAGACACAGCCUGUAUUGGAUGUAUUUGCUAUGCUAAUGGUUAUUACAUUGAAGGUGGUUCAAUGCUGCAUUUAAACAAAAAUCUCCAAUUUAUUUAACUCUUCCCUCCUUUUACUGGAACUCUAUUUUGCUGCCAUGCUAAAUUGUAAUUUAACUUUUUUGCAAAGUAUUUAGAAAUAAAAUAAUGCUGCAAAUGUU